UUGAAAAUGUAAAAUAAUUGAUAUCUUAUUUGGGAGGUUUUUUUGUGGCAGUUAGCAUGGGCGAUUUUUUUGUUCUGAAGCAGCGAUUGUAAGGAUCGGUCGGCGACGAUUUAGUGUCUUAAGGCAAGCUAGUACCGGCGGAGCGUGUAUCUUACGCGAGAUUCGAUGGCGGAGUACGGCGGAGUCAAAUGGAGGAGCAACCGGUCGCUGUUAAUCGCGACGGUGAACUUUCUGUUAGUUCUGGUCUUAGUUUCUGCAGAACGAGGCCUGAAGAAUCCGAGGAUUCCGACGCCGGACGGAACACGGCGAGAUUUCUCCGAUGAGCGGCGAGAUUUCAAAAGUCUUCUUACAAUCGGGAAGGGUUUUCUCUGGCAAUCGGACGCCUCUGAUUAUCAACACGUCUGGCCUAACAUGGAGUUUGGGUGGCGCAUUGUGGUGGGCACGGUGAUAGGAUUCAUUGGAGGGGCAUUCGGGAGCGUCGGCGGUAUCGGCGGAGGCGGGUUUUUCCUUCCAAUGCUUAACCUCAUAAUUGGGUUCGAUGCCAAAUCCUCCACCGCCAUAUCCAAAUGUAUGAUAGUGGGUGCCGCAGUCUCCACUGUGUACUUUAACCUUCACCUAAGGCACCCCACGCUUGAUGCGCCCAUAAUUGACUACGAUUUGGUGCUCCUGGUCCAGCCCAUGCUCAUGCUUGGCAUCAGUAUUGGAGUCAUUUUCAAUGUCAUUUUUCCUAAUUGGAUGGUCACAAUUCUCCUCAUCAUCCUUUUCUUAUUCAUAUCUACUAAGGCGUUCUUUAAGGGAGUUGAAACUUGGAAGAAGGAAACGCUCCUAAAAAAGGACGCCAUCAAGCUCGUGAGCGGGUCCGCAGGGUCCGAAAGUGGAGAGGAGUACAAGGCUCUUCCUGGUGGGUCUCAGCAGCAACAGACAGAGCAAACAGAGCCAGAAGUCUCGUUUCUCAAGAAUGUGUAUUGGAAGGAAUUGGGUCUUCUUUUCUUUGUUUGGAUUGCAUUUCUUGUCCUCCAGAUUUUCAAGGAGAAAUCAGCGUCGUGCUCGUGGGAAUAUUGGACGUUAAACUUCCUACAAGUGCCCGUGUCUGUGGGCAUAUAUUUGUACGAGGCAAUUAACCUGUACAAAGGGCGAAGGAUAAUCACAUCCUUGGGAGAACGUCGAAUUGAUUUUCGAGCUGGACAACUUGCCAUGUACGCUUGCCUUGGCAUGUCAGCUGGCAUCGUCGGCGGUUUGCUCGGCGUCGGUGGAGGAUCGAUCAUGGGGCCAUUGUUCUUGGAGCUCGGAGUGCAUCCACAGGUGGCAAGUGCAUCGGCAACCUUCGCUAUGAUGUUUUCGUCAUCAAUGUCAGUGGUGGAGUACUACCUCCUGAACCAAUUUCCAGUGCCAUACGCGGUUUAUUUGGCUGCAGUGGCGAUGGUUGCAGCCUACUGUGGGCAGUACGUUGUGAGUAAAAUUAUUGCUUUCCUUGGAAGAGCUUCGAUCGUUAUCUUCGUUCUUGCGAUCUCGAUCUUCAUAAGUGCUCUCACGCUCGGUGGAGUGGGUAUAUCAAGGUCCUUGGAACGGCUUCAACGAAAUGAAUAUAUGGGUUUCGUGGAUUUGUGUCGAGUUAGGGAUUAGGUUAAAAUUAAUAUUUUUUACUCCGUUUUUAAAUUAAUGUCAUUAUUGUUAUUAACCAUUUCGUGGGUGAAAGAUUUGAACUUUAAUAUUUUAAUUAAGGUUAUAAUGAUUUAAUUAAGAGAUAAA